GGACGCGAAAGCGGGGCGGCUCUUCCCCGGCUGCAAAGUUGGGGGCGGAAUUUCCCACUCUGCGGGCGCGGCGUGAAAGAGGAGGGCGGCCCCGGCUCGGCGGCGGCGGCGAACCAUGAUCCCCGUCCUCUGUUUCCUCUCCGGCUUCGUGGCAGCUAUUGCCACCCAAGAUUCGGUCCUUGGUGCAACGUCCUCCUGUCCAAGAGCAUCUAUCCGAGGUGGGAACGUCUCUCUCUCCGAUGGAUAUCGUCCAGGAAGCAUCCUCACAUUUUCCUGCCCAGUUGGCACUUAUCCAUACCCCACACCCAGCCGGAUAUGUCAACCCGAUGGCAAGUGGACUCCAAUGCACCAUCCCAGUGGAACCCGUACCAACGUAGCCCUUUGCAGAGACAUACGCUGCCCUGCGCAGAUGAGCUUUGAGAAUGGCUUUUUCAGCCCACGGCGAAACUCUUACCCAAUUGGUGACAUGCUGAGCUUUGAGUGUUCUCACGGGUACCAGCUUCUUGGCUCAUCCCAGCGGUACUGCCAGCCCAACGGCCAAUGGAACGGGACCUCCCCUGUUUGCGAUGAUGGAGUGGGGCACUGCCGCACCCUUGCUGUCCCCCCUGGGGCGAUUGCUACAGGAAGAAGCAACCGUCUUGGUGGUCGGGUCUCAUUCCAGUGUCAGACCGGCUUAGACUUGAUUGGAUCAUCCCAGCAGGUUUGCAUGCUGGAUGGUGAAUGGUCUGGUACGCAGCCAAGUUGUCGAGCCCGCUAUUCUUUUGACCGAGCUGAGGAUGUUAAAGCCGAAUUUGGAGCCUCGUUGACAGGUGUUCUGAGUGAAGUAUCUGCAUUUGAGGUUGACCCUUCUGCGGCAUCUCAGACUUCACCUUUAGGCCGAAGACUUAUACUGACCAAAGACAGCUUCCUCUAUGUUUAUUUCCUCGUGGAUGCUUCCCACAGCGUGACUAAACAUAACUUUGAUAUCUUUAAAAAUGCUGUAAGCCAAAUCAUCAUCAGGAUUGCUAGCUUUGAAGUUCCCGUCAAGUUCUCAGUCAUAUCUUAUGCCAGCCAGCCCAAGACAAUUGUCGACAUUGGCGACGAUGCUGCUGAAGAUGCAGAACUGGUGCUUGAGAUGAUGGAAAAGGCUAUGAAUUAUAAAGAUCAUGGCAAUGCCACUGGAACCAACAUCCACGCAGCCCUUACUGCUGUUUACUGGAUGAUGAUUAACGAAGAAGCAGUUGCCAAAGAGCAGUGGAACAAAGUCCGCCACGCCAUCAUUCUGCUCACAGAUGGAAAAUCCAAUCAUGGAGGUUCUCCCAAAACUGCUGUGCGCCAGAUAGAAGACUUCGUGAAUGUCAGAGCAAACCGGAAGGAUUAUCUCGAUAUCUAUGUUUUUGGCAUUGGGAACCUGGACGUAGACUGGAGUUCCAUGAAUGACAUUGCAUCGAAGAAGACAGGGGAAAGGCAUGUCUUUGUGAUGGAAAAUCCACAGGAGCUCAAGAAAGCUUUUGAAGAUGUGCUGGACCCCAGAGAUUUGGAGGACAUAUGUGGUUUGGCAAACUACUCUGACAGUGCAAGAUGGGAUCAGGAGAACCCGUGGCACGUGCUUCUCCAAAACACACAUCAUUUGGAUUCCUCUUGCCGAGGGGCCUUGGUUUCAAAGACCUGGGUUCUAACAGCUGCUCACUGCUUCAACAGCCUGAAUGACUUAUCUGGUUGGACAGUGGUUCUGGGAGGAGAAAUCAGGCUGCGGAUAAAGAGGCGGGUUGACCAUGAAUUAUACAACGUUCGAGCUAAGCUAGCCCAGGGCAUCCCAGAAUUCUAUGACUACGAUAUCUCCCUCAUUGAACUGGAGACGCCUGUGUCAUUUGGGGGGCGAAUCAGGCCAAUCUGCCUCCCUUGCACCGAAGGUGCCGACAGAGCCUUGAAGAAGAAGCCCGGGACAAUGACAUGCAGAGAUCAUGAGCUGGAGCUGCUGAGUUUUGAGAAGGUGCCCGCCCAGUUCAUAUCCUUGGACCACAAGAGAAUGAACGUGCAGAUCAAGACCAAAACAAGUCGUCCCAUGUGUAUUUCUGGAGCUAUUCAGAAGGGAAUGAUAUAUUCCAAUGUGUCCAAUAUCUUCGAAGUGGUGACAGACAGAUUCCUGUGCAGCGGAGAAGACAGGUCGUUGGAAACAUCCACUUGCAAAGGUGAAUCAGGCGGAUCGCUCUUUGUGGAAAGGAGAGAAAGACAUUUUCAGGUGGGUGUGAUCAGCUGGGGCACAUAUGACCCGUGUGCACAGAAGAAGAAAAAUGACAACAUGGAGAUAAUACGAGAUCCUCCUAGCAAAGAACAUAAACCACGAAAUUUCUAUAUCAGUCUCUUUCAAGUGCAGAACUGGUUAAGACAACAUCUGGGCAAAUCCUUGAGAUUCAUUCCCAUGCAAGCAGCUGCCCCGCACUGGUGCUGUCACUACCAAGGCAGAAGCAGAGAAGCUGAAAGAGGGCAGAAAGGGGAAGGAGGAAUGCAGAGGCUUCAUCAGCUGUUUUACAUCGCCUUCGCCCUGGGGGCAUUUGGCACAGAUGCUGUGGAUGCUACCUUUGAUGUCACAAACCUCCAGCAAUUUGAAAUUUUGGGUGGCAAAACCCUAGUGCUGGAGAACAACACACUGCUUCAGUAUGUAUGCCCAGAGGGCAAAUACCCGUACCCUACCGAGUUCCGAGCUUUCCCUUCGAGCGGGAGCACGUACGAAGAUAAAAAGGUCGUCCACCAGGCCCACUGCCGAGAUGUUCGUUGCCACAGGAUUUUAGAAUUUGAAAAUGGUGACUAUGAGCCCCCACAGAAAUAUUACAAUGUAAGCCAGAACAUCACAUUUACUUGCUACUCAGGAUACACCAUGGCUGGGUCUCAAGUCCGCACCUGCCUCCCCAAUGGCAAAUGGAGUGGAAAAACAACAAUAUGUGACGACGGAACUGGCCACUGCAGUAACCCAGGUAUUCCAAUUGGUGGCGUAAAACAAGGCAAAGAAUAUCGGAUAGAAUACCGGGUCCACUACCGUUGUGGGAAUGGUCUCAUUCUUGUGGGAUCCAAGGAACGGACUUGCCAAGAAUCAAGAAGCUGGAGUGGAACAGAACCAGAGUGUUGGCAGCCAUUCACUUUUGACAGCCCACAAGAGGUUGCCUCCCAGUUCAUCUCUUCUUUGACUGAAGCUGCUGAAGCUGCAGAUGCUAACAGAAAUGUCUCCUCUACAGGGAAGCGUAAGAUUGUCAUUAAGAAAGGCGGCACAAUGAAUAUCUACUUUGUCCUUGAUGCCUCAAGAAGUAUUUCGAGAAAAGAUUUCAAGGACACACAGAAUGCUACAAUCAAGUUGAUUGAGAAGAUCUCCAGCUAUGACGUCUCCCCCAAUUACGGUAUCGUCACUUUUGCCACCCACAGCAAAGAGGUUUUGAGCACAAUGAAUCCAAGAAGCAGUGAUGCGGCCUGGGCAAUUGAGCUACUAGAAAAAGUCAAAUAUGCCGACCAUAGGCAAAAGCCAGGAACCAACAUCAAGAAAGGCCUGCAAGCUGUCUAUGAAAUGAUGGUUUCCCAGGAAGCGGAUGAAAGGAGACGUGGAUUGAACCCUCCUCCUAUUUCCAAUUCCACACGCCAUGUGAUCAUCCUCCUGAGUGAUGGUGACUACAACAUGGGUGGUAAUCCAGUUUCUGUCAUUAGUGAUAUUAAGGAGUUCCUCAGAAUAGGGAAAUCCCGCUCGAAUUCCCGCAAUGAAUUCUUAGAUGUUUACGUCUUCGGCGUUGGGCGUCGGGCCAAUAUGCAAAAUAUGAAUGCUUUGGCAUCAGAUAAACCUAGAGAGAAGCAUGUCUUCAAGCUGAAGGACAUUGAAGAUCUGCAAAAAGCCUUUGAUGAAAUGAUUGAUGAGUCUGAAUCUUUGUCUAUGUGUGGCUUGGCGAAAGAGCACAAAACAGCAGAUGAUCAACUGAAGAAUCCCUGGCACACCAAAAUCACCAUCAGGCGUGCUGGUGGGUCAGGAUUUGAACACUGCAAAGGAACCCUAGUUUCUGAGUACUACGUCUUGACAGCAGCUCACUGCUUCACUGUCGACGAUGUGGCUGACCAGAUCACAGUCUCAAUUGGCAAACUACAGUUUCCUGUGGAGAGAGUCCGAUCCCACCCUGAAUACAACAUCGGAAAGUUACGAGAUCGUAGAAUCCCUGAGUUCUAUGAUUACGAUGUCGCUCUGGUAAAACUUGGUAAAAAAGUUCAGCCCAGUUACUCUGCAAGGCCAAUUUGCUUACCAUGUACACAAGGAACAUCCCGAGCUCUGAGGAAGCCCAUUGCAGAGACCACCUGCAAGGAUCACGAGAAUGAGCUGCUACCCGUGGGAAGCGUUCGUUCUUUUUUUGUAACUGACUGUAAGUACGAAAAUGAAGGCACCCAUGGGCUACUUCGCAGAACUGUACAAAUCAAGAACAGUGAAAAGAAAUUGGCCUGUGAACAAGAUGCUAGGAAUGCCAAAUUCUACAAAAACAUUACCAAUAUCAAAGAAGUAGUAACUGAAAACUUCCUCUGCACUGGGGGACAGGAACCUGUGCUGGACCCCAACACUUGCAAAGGUGAUUCUGGUGGUCCUCUCAUUAUUCAGAAAAGGUUGCGCUAUAUUCAGGUCGGCGUGAUCAGCUGGGGUGUGGUUGACGUCUGCAAAGGCAGUGGGGCAAAAUGUGAGAAACCCUAUGAAUUCCAGAGGGGCCGUCCCUCCUUUGCCAGGGAUUAUCAUAUCAACCUCUUCGAGAUGAUACCGUGGCUCAGAGAACAGCUGGCUGACGAGCUAAAGUUCAUCUAGACCUAUCUUUCCCAGCCCACUAAGAUGCUCUGUGUAAAUAGAAAUGACAUCUCCAAACCUUGCAAAGUCAGUUCUGUGUUAACAAUGGCGAUUAAAUGCAACUGUAGAGAGAAAAAACAAA